ACGUGUAAUUGUUGAAAACAUUGUAGUCAUAGAUUGAUAACACAUUGCCAUAAAUAUUAAUAAUUCUUAUUAUUUGCACAAGUUUAUUAUAUUUCGGAAACAAAAAGUAUUAAAAACAUUCCAUUGAAUAAAAUGUCGACAACUUUACAAAGAGACGAGAUUUUACUGCUUUUUGAUGUUGAUGGUACAUUGACAUAUCCACGCUCCAAUAUCCAACCGGAGUUUGAAGAAUUUAUUUAUUCCAAAGUGAAACCACGGGCACAUAUUGCAACUGUGGGUGGAUCUGACUUGGAAAAAAUGCUUGAACAAUUAAAUGGCAAUAAAAUACUUGACCAUUUUGAUUUUCUAUUUCCUGAAAAUGGCUUAGUGCAGAUUGAUCACGGAAAGGAGGCUGGAAAACAAAAUAUAGUAAAACAUUUGGGAGAACAAACAUUAAAGCGCUUUAUCAAUUUCGUACUUCGUUAUUUGUCCGAAUUGGAUUUACCCAUUAAGCGUGGAACAUUUAUAGAAUUCCGCAAUGGCAUGCUGAAUGUUUGUCCAAUGGGCAGACAGUGUACGCGAACUGAGCGAAAUAUGUUUGUUGAGUACGAGAAAACACAUAAUGUCCGUGAAGAUAUGAUAAAAGUACUUCAAAAAGAGUUUGCAGAUGUUGAUCUGCAGUAUAGUAUUGGUGGACAAAUCAGUUUUGAUGUUUUCCCAAAAGGAUGGGAUAAAACGUAUUCCUUACGUUACAUCGAGGCGAAUUACAAUUUUAAAGAAAUUCAUUUCUUUGGCGAUAAGACUGAACCUGGCGGCAAUGAUUACGAAAUUUUUAUUGAUCCUCGCGUAAUAGCACAUAAAGUAGCUACUCCUGAAGAUACCAAACGUAUACUUACUGAAUUGCUACAAAUAACAGAUUCUUGAAGAAAUAUUGUGUAUUUCGUUUUUCGUAUUUUUUAACAUUUUAAGUUUUUAAAGAAAAAAAUAUAGUUACGCAUUCGCAUGAA